AUGGCCACUUUACCUAAACCCGCCACUUCAAAUUUGGUUAAAGGUAAAAAGCAUAUUUCAUUUCAUAAAAAUCCCGUGGUUGCUAGGACGACACCUGCUUCUGCAACUGGUGCACCCACUACUACUACACCUACACCUACCGGGGCUGCAGUCGCUUCAAAUAUUCCUUCUGCACAUGACCACAGGAAACGUCUUCUAUGUGAGGCGUCUCCCUCGAUCAUAGGUAGUUGUCGGGCCAACAAGCUUCGACGACUAACUCCCGGUCAUUCAUACUCUGAGAAUAACGACGAUGAUGAUGACGAUGAGGACGACGAUAUCUUUUUUGGCAUCUCGCCUUCUAAGAAGCAACAACCAAACGGUUUGAUUCCCUUGUCACCUCCUCCUAUUGUCUAUUCGAGCUCUGAAGAGGAAGAGGAUGAAGAUGACGAUGAAGAUGAUGUCGAUGGUCACAAUAUUGCAGUGACUGCUUCGUCGAACUUGACAUCCAACCCAUCUUCUUUUUACCACAAGAGAUCGAGAACCCUUUCUAACUCGUCGUUGUCUCAACAUAGAAAGUUGUCUCGUUCACACUCUUCGUCUUCUGGCGGAGCUGCUCGCAGAAUGUCUUUAUACUCUGCAGCUGGCUUUGGUGGUGCUGCCGCUGGAGGGUCUCCCUGUGGCCAGGGAGGCCACGGCCACCACCGCCGUCGAAGAUCGAUGUCAGUCCCUGAGUCUGAUCAAAUCUCUCGUCAAAGAUGCUUUGACUACCUUGUGUCGGCAAUCGACGCAGUGUGGGCUCAGUACUGCGACUGUACGUCGUUUGCCGAGUCGGAGAUCUAUGACAACAAGAAACAACAGAAUGGAUCGUAUCCAUACGAAUACCCCGAGCAACAGGAUCUUCCUUGCUCGCCUGUAAGCCUCUGUGAAGAGGAUAUGGGUAUGGACGAGCCAGUUCUGACCCCCAACACGGCAGUUUCCGAGCAACCCACCAGUGUUCGUCUGAUGAACCUUAAGGAACGCUUGCUGAAGGCCAAAUACUUUUUUGUCGACCUGCUAGAAACCCUCGACAUGGAAAAAUCGGCCCAGUUCUGGCACAGAUGGGAUCUUGUCAAGUAUGCCACUAUCGAGCUUGUCGAAGAGGCCGACGACGACGAGACCAUUGAAGACGUCAGUGCCGAGCUUGAGGAGGGCCGCUACUACGGCAUGAGAUGCUAG